AUGUGCAGCAAUUUUGCCCCGUCACCUUUGAAACUCUUUUGGGUAUCUUGCGGGCCGCUUCCACUGCCGCAGCAAAUUCGCGCUUGUAAUCUAGAGAGCGUAGAUGCUCCGGCAGUGAAUGCGACUUCUAGAAGUGCAGCGCUGUAUCACCGUACCAGGUGUUUUUGGGUUACAGAGAUACUGUAUCAUGCUGGGCAUGUUGUGGAGAUAUGCAACUGUAGCACAAGAAGUCUGUCGGAUUUGGGAAGAUCGCGUUGAGUGGCGCUACGUUUCGCCCUCCGCCGUAACUGGUUGCUGUAUCGAUAGCUAGCGGAGAGUUUGCAUGGUGCCAUACCUACUGUACAUGCGUGUGUUCCAUGUACGUUGAAAGGUUUCCGAACCCGCCUGACUAUGGCCAAAAAGCUUCAGGUUUUGCCAUUACAUUACAACUGGUGGCAGCUUUGUGUUCUGCUUCCCGCCUGGCCUUUGGAAAUGGUGAGAAAACAAAUCGUGACUGUGGAAUCAUUGCCCAUAAGCAAUGAUACACAUCGGUCGUGCGGUUGUCGAUUCGUGCAAGAAAUGGCGGAGCUUUUGCGUCGCUCGCGUCGCUGACCACCUCAUCCGCCCUGUGGACGCUUGCGGUUGCAUGAACACUCCAUGAAAGGGGAUUACCCUUUCAUGGAGGGUAGCUUGAAUGCUUCAUCUAUUGGCGAAAUACACUGUAAUGUAUCAUGUGCUCACAACUGAGCUUACACCGUAUAAACUCCACGUGUAUUUUGUGUACAGAAAUGGUAAUCUCCACACAGAUCUGCAGUGUGUUACUG